AUUUAUUCCGUGAACUCCAGUGUGACCUUCUGGUUGAGUGCUUCCUGUCAGAGUUAGCUCGUCGCGAACAUGUUGUUAAUGAAGCUUAGUACACCUCAGAGUCUGUUAUCACGGUAUGUUUGCUCUGUGUUCACCCGGACAGGUGUCCAGUCAGUGUUACCACAAGCACACACUGCAGGGCUCGGCCAGGUGUCACUGCUCCACACACACACCCCUCAGCUCAACUCCAACAGGACGUCGGUGGUGCGCUGUGGUCGGCAGAAGUAUGAGAGGCUGUACCCUGUGAUGCUGGUGCGACCUGAUGGAUCCACUGUCAACAUCAGAUACAAAGAACCCAAACGCAUCCUCAUGAUGCCGAUCAAUCUGUCCACUCUGUCUGAAGAGGAGCGUCGAGCUCGACAGAAGAAGAGAGGAGUGAAGAAGAUGACAAAACAGACAACAGUCCAAUUUGAAGACGACUUCCAAGCUGACAAAUACAGCCAGUUCUGGAAGAAGAAAUGAUUUACUGUAAUGCAUGACUGACGUGACACGAGGGCAAUGACCCUAAACAUCAGACUCUCACUUGAAGCUUCCAUUUGUCCAUGUACAGUCUGUUCUGAUUGGAAUUGUUUUCUUGGCAAAAGAAGUGAUUCCUCCAGAAGCCUGAAUUGUGGGACAAUGAAACCCAGACCAUUGACAUUUGAAUGGCAGGAUGACUGAUGAAGCGGGCGGAGCUCUUCCCUGCUAAAGCUGGAACCAGACACCCUGUUGACUUAAUAAACUGAUUUAAAGUUU